AUGGGCACCCCCGUCGGGGAGAGGAAGGGUCCUGCUGGCGGAGCGCGCCCGGCGCAGAGGAUAAGGCCCCUCUGCUUUCCGUGGGCGUUCUCGUUCCUGAUGACGGAAGCCCUGCUGAUAUUCUCCCCGGAGACCUCGUUGCUCCGCUCCUUCUCCCGCAAAGUCAAAGUGCGGGUGCACUGGGCCCUCCAGCUGCUCGCCCUCCUCUGCGCCCUCCUGGGGCUGGGCAUCAUCACCUACAACAAGCACCUGAACGGCAAGGCCCACUUCGUGACCUGGCAUGGCCUGACGGGGCUGCUGACCGUGCUGUAUGCCAGCGGGCAGUGCGCAGGGGGGGUGCUCCUGCUCUACCCCAAGCUGAUGAAGAACUGGACGCUGGCCAAGCUCAAGCUGUACCACGCGACCUCGGGGCUGGUGGGCUACCUGCUGGGCUGUGCCAGCCUGAUGCUGGGCAUGUGCUCCCUGUGGUUCACCGCAUCGGUGACCAGCGUCUCCUGGUACCUCACCAUGCUGUGUCCCCUUCUCACCAGCCUGGUUAUCAUGAACCAGGUGAGCAACGCCUACCUGUACCGCAAGCGGAGCCAGCACUGAGGGCUCGGUGUGGAUCUGAACUCCCCCUGGGUGAGCCAGCAAGGCCGGGGCUCCCCCCCGCAGCCCCCCAUGGGGGUCCCCUGCUUGCACAGGCUCUCCUCAGUACUAGAUUUCUGCCUACUCGUCUCUCGUUAGUCCUGGAUUGUCCAUAGCGUCUCAUCCCUGGGGAGCAGCUAUGAUGUGUGUGACACCGAGCGGGCAGGAGUUGCCUAUCUCAUGCCUGCCUCGGUGGGGACGUUUCCCAGCACAGGUAACGCUGCUGCUCCCUGCGGCAGCUUGGGUGCUCAGUGUUGGGAACCGGAGGAUCCACUCAGGAUUCCUGGUCCUUAUCCCCUUCCCUUGCCACCCAGGGCUGCUUUGGAGCAGGCAGGACAGGAGCUGUCGUAUUCCUGGUGAGGAGGGCAGGGAGUCCCCACUCGCCUGGGAGGCUGCAGCAGGCACCACGCUGCCUCUCCUGCCACGAAGGCAGCUUGGCCAGUGAAAGUGCAGGGCACGGUUGUGGCUUCAGCCCACCUGAAGCGGGGUGGCAGCGCCCAAGGCAUCCGUCCCCAUGGUGCGGCCCCACGCAGGGACCCGGGGGCUCUCCGGGACUGGUGUGAUCAGCCCUGCCCGACGGCCGCGGAUCCGGGCACGCGUUGCCAUGCACAAAUCCUUCCUGCAGGCUGGGACAGCGAAGGUUCAGCCUGGCGGGAUGUGGGGGUCAUUUUACAGAGCAAAUUAUCAAGCCGAGAUGCAAACCGGCAGCCUGCAAAGGUGUUUUGUCCCUCUGAGGGGCACAGGGAACAGUGCGAGCAUGGGGGGGAGCAGGGCUCGGGACGAGCCCUUGAGCCAGCCUGCGAAACAGCCCUCAGGAAGGCAGAAGGCAACCUCCUCGCCGGCGCAACAGCCUUCCUUCCAGCUCGCCUGCCAUCGGGGCAGCUGGGCGCUGCAAGGCUCCGUCUGCUGCAGCGGCCCCACCGCCCCUCCUCGGCACGUACCCUGCUCUCAGCAGGGCUGGAGAGCUGGGAGCGGCUCCCGGGCUGGGAAAUUCCUCUGUAUCCAGAGCUUUUAUUCAAUAAAGAUUUCA